CACUCAGUCCCUCCACUUUCAUUGACCACCUGUUCGAAGACCACGCAACGUUUACAUUAUUGUGUUGUUGAGGUGUGGUUAUGAAUCACACAAAUCUAAACUAAUCGUUAUUUUCUUUGAAGUUCGUGGAAUAUGGACAUGAAGCUGUAUAUUUUUUCGGUGAUAUUUGCCCUGUACCUUCGCACUUCUGGAGCAAUAAAUUGUUACCAGUGUUCAGGUAGUGAUCCAAAAGAACCAUUCCAAUGCAACGAAUGGCUCAGUAGCGAUAUUGACAUAAGCCCAGAGCCAUGUGACAACGUCUAUGACGCAAAAUACUGUAUCAAACACAUUGGCAGAUUUGAAGCUUCAACGCUUUCGUGCUAUCAAUGUGCUGCUCAUGCAACGAUAGACUGUUCUGAUGGGAUGAUUCAUUCCGGUGGUAUACAACCAGAAAGUUGCAACGACGUCUUUGAAGCACAAUAUUGUAUAAAAUCGACCAGCUUGGAUGGAGGAAUUGGCGCUAAAAGAUUUUGUUCCUCUUUGGAUUUGGGGAAUUACUGCAAUUACGUCAAACAACCUGGUGACGUUUUAUCAUAUCGAACAUGCGUAUUUACAUGUACUGGCGAUGGCUGCAACCCAUCAAGUACUAUCACACCCAGCAGUGUUCUUUUCUUCACUUCUGUUCUUAUUUUUCUUUAUACAAUUGUAAUUAGGUAGAUUAGAUUUAUUGAGAGAGACUUUAUUUUCAUACAACGUAAAAAGCAACUGAUGUAAAGGUACAAAAGCCUGCUUAAAGCUAAAUUUGUUCAAAUAUUCUUAAACUGAAGCACACUUAUUCAGCUUUUGUCAGUGAACAACAAACUAUAAUAAUGUAUGUAUUACGAACUGUAGUUUUAUAAUAAAUGUGACAAAAAAUAUAAUGUA